UGCCACCUGUUCGGGAAGUACGCUGCCAGGUGUCAACUUUACACUUUACAAACUUUAUUUGUCGAACGGAUUGAUAAGGAACUGAAGGAUUGCAUGUUUGUUUUUACAUUUUAAUUAAUCUUAAGACCAAAAAAACUCAGAAUGAACAUUUUUGGAUAUGUCUUCACUGCUGUUGUUAUAAUGGGACACUGUGUGUUACAAGCCAUUUCCGCCUCCUCCUCCCUGACUGGUGAGAGCGUCCCUGACAAUUUCAUAGGGUUUGACUCAGCCCCUGACAAAGUGGUAGAUGGCUCAGUGGUCCGUGUGCAGUAUCAAUGCUCUAGGCCAUGUCAUCUUGCAGUGGAGGUGGUGGUGUCCACAUUAAAGAAGACAGAUUUAGCGGUCUUCAGGAGGAAGUGGAACAGCAGCGCGGCCCGAGUCUACAGGAUCCACCAGGUGCUGCUCAGAUUGCCUCCGUCCAUUUUAUAUCAACAUGACUUUUUCAACAGACAUGUUUUGGAUGUGCAGAAUGUGACAGUACGUGCUUGGUUAGACCAUCUUAAUGAUGGCAGUGAACCGGGGACAUACCAUAGCUCCAUGUUGAAGAUUUAUAAAGUGCUGCAGAUAAAGCCACUCUCAGAGCGUCCAACUAAACCUCCCACUGACUGCCCUUCAUGGUCAGCUCAGCUGAUGUGGCAGAUGACCAGAAACAGAAUUUAUCAUUGUCCACAUGAGUCAGACACAAUCGAUCUUCUAAAGUUUCCACUAGCAACUACUGCAGAGCACUUUGGAGUGGUCCGCAGGUUUCAGCCUUUUAUCGACAGAGGCCUGGAGAGAGCCCGUCUUCAUGCUGUGACACAGCCCAGCGUCACCUUAUCUGUGUGGAUCUACCUACUGAAAUGGUGUCACAUGAAGCUCUGUGGGAUCAUCCAUCAUGUCGAUAGGAACAAUUUAUACGACUCCGUCCUGAUGCAGCUUACAGACACAGGGGACGUCAUAAUUCAGGCACGUGUGACAACAGGAGAAGAUGAAGCGUUCCAAACCAGUGUAGCAUUGCCCCUGCGGAAAUGGAUUAGAUUGGACUGUUACAUACAAGACUCCAAGGUGCUGCUGGAUGCAACAUGGGAUGGUGAAACACUCAAAUAUGAUUAUGAAUUUCAGGACAGUAUCCAUUAUGAUGACACUGAUGGAUACUUUGUGAUCGGAGGUAGCAAGCACAUGUCAGGCAUACGUGGGUAUUUUGGGCCUAUCAAAUACUAUCGUUUUGGAACUGAAGUGGUAACAAAUGAACUUCACCCAAAGUCAGCACUACAGGAACUGGAUAAGACUCAUCAGGAGUGUGUGGACAUAAAAGCAAUUACAAGAGCUUUUAUCCAACAAGUAACUGAGAGUCACCUCCCGUCAAUAAUCAACAAAGGUGUCUGCACCCCUCACUUCAUAAAACUGUGGGGUCGGUUUAGAGAGAAAACCAGCACGCAAACAUGGACCUGGGAAAAACAACUUAAUUACAGCGUGCUUUUUGAUGUCUUGCAAAUAAAAGAGGAGGACAUCAGAAGAGGCUCUUUGGGCAUGAAGGACCUCAGAGGGCCUUUGUUUGAACAUGCAGUUGGUACAAUUUUCACCAGGGGUGAGGCAGAAAUUAAAAUUCCAACCAAAUCAACGUCUCUACUACAAGUAUCCUCCUGCUUUGGAUAUCACAAAGCAUCUCUCUUGUUAGCCACUAUCUACCUCUCCGGCCUGGGACAUGCAGUCGAUCAACAACUGGGUCAUGUCUAUAGUUUGAUUGGCGCAGCAGGUGAUAACCGUUUCGCACUGAUGCAUGCAGGGUACAAGCACACACAAGGCAUUGAUGGAUUUCCAAAAGACUUGGACAUGGCGUACAGCUACUAUUCCAACACUGGGGCGCAGAGCGACAUUGAUAGUUCUAGGAUGCAUGAAGAUAAGCAAUACACACCUGAACACAUCUAUCUAAGCAAUCAAGAGGAUUUAUACAGACUCACACACAAGACAAGAGACGUCUUUCAGUAUCUGAAAUUCCAAGCAGAGAGAGGAGACGUAGAAUCUCAGAAACGCCUGGGAAAAAUGCUUUACUGGGGACAACAUGGACUUUCUAAAGACCAAGUGAGUGCGGCGAAGUGGUUUGAAAGAAGUGCUAUACAGAUGAAGGAUCCUUCAGCGAUGUACGACUACUCCAUCCUACUGAUGAAGGGCCAGGGGGUGAAAAGAAACCACACCCGAGGUUUUCAGCUGCUGGAGAAAGCUGCAGCAAUGGGCUCAAUUAAUGCCUUGAAUGGUUUAGGCUGGUACCAUGGGAUUGUUCUGAACGACCACAAAACUGCAGCGAUAUACUUUGAACAAGCAGCGUUAAAUGGGAGUGCUGAUGGCAUGUUUAACCUGGGCAUUUACCAUCUCAGUGGGAUAAACACGGACAGCACAUGGAGGAAUGAGACGGCUGCGUUCCACCAGUUUCUAAAUGCAUCUCGGUUAGGUCACAUCGCUGCAUCAGUGGAGGUAGCUUGGUACCUUUCGACAGGAAGCCUGGAAGGGGUGUCUCAGGAUGUGGAGAGGGCUGUGAUAAUGCUAAAAACGGUCUGUGAACAGAACGGACACCUUGGAUUUAUGAUCAGAGAGGCUCUCCAAGCCUACCUCCAGGGCUCUUGGCAGGAGGCCUUUGUGAAGUAUGUUUUGGUAGCUGAAACCGGUCUGGGUUUGGCCCAGAGCAAUGUUGCGCACCUGUGUGAGGAACUGAAUCUCAGUCAUGAUUGUCAGUGGAGAUAUCAUAACUACUCUAUAUUAAACUAUGAUCCCCAUCCGUCCGCUCUGCUGAAAAUGGGAGACUACUACUACUGUACCUCCAGCACGCGAGAAGACUCAUUAUCUUUGGUUGGUCAGGCAGUAUCGAUGUAUGGCAGAGCGGCUCUAGCAGGCAGCCCUCAGGGAAUGUACAACUUGGUCGUUCUGGCACAACAAGGGCACGUUCUUCCAUUGAGCGUCCGCGGCUUGUUUAAUGUGUCACGUCAUGAUGAGCUGGACAUUGUGGUGGAGAAAAUCUUGAAAAGAUGUAUGGAGACUGAGGAUGAAGAAGCAGUAACGCCUUGCUCUUUAGCUCUGCUUGGAGUUCAGAUGGGAAAAGCCUUGAGGAGAAUGACUCAGAAUGGUGCACAGCUUCUCUUGGCAUAUGCAUCUAUUCUUUCUGUGUGUGUCAUUACUGUCGUUAUGCCAUUGCAGAGCUGUCUUGAACAAAGGCUUCCCCGUCACCGUGUGGUUGCACUGAGGGCAGGGACAUCAUCUGUCAGCCAAGAUGGUGUCAACUUGAAUAGAGAGCAAGAUGGCAUCAUGGGAGGAACCUACAGAGCGGUGGGGAAUCUAUGGCUUACCAUCCUGAAUGGGGAGCAGUGGCUCCGGCAGACAGGAGAUUUGGCUGUGACUCUGUCGGGCGUGUGCCUGUCUGUUUUCUGGACCACACUCCUCUAUCAUCUCUUAUGACAUAAAAUACCCAGCACAGUGAUCCAAUAGCCACAGCAAAAGCCCCAGACACUGCAUAUUGUAAGAGCAUACAUUUAGCGGAUGAGUUACUGCGCUAUUCGUGUGACACAUUUGUGUUUUGGCGGUAUGUGACUCAUUUUAAGUUACAGGAAGGAGAGAAGUGCUGAUCAGAAUGUGAGUGUGCUGCUUUAUCAGAGUGGUGAUAAUGUUUCCUCAGUAACCAUUUUUUCAUUGUUUUGUUUGUGGAAAAUAAAAUAGUUGUCAUGAGGUUCAUUUAAUGAAUGCUGAGUCCGACCUACAGUUUAUAUCGUGUUGGGGAUGUGGAUGUGGUGCCAAGGAGGGAGAGUGAAGCUUCUUUUGUGCAGUGUAUAAGUCCUGUAAAACAGAGUAUUUUUCUGAUUAUUCAGUUAUUUAUCUUGUGAAAAUGAGCCAUAUCAGUCACAGCAUUGCACUGUUAAAACGUACAGACCCUGAUGGCUGUGCAUUUAGAAGCUUAGAGGAUCAGCCUCAGUGAUGGAUGUAUUGGUAGAUGUUGUACUAGAAGCUGUUUUCUAAUAGGUCAACUAUUAAAACUUGUUCCUGGCCCUAUCAGUGACAUGUUGAUGAUAAGUGUCUCACAGUAGACCAGACAUGCAACAGCAGCAUUCAGGGACACUUGUUUUGUCCAAUGCCAGAGCAAUGGAAUUUCAGAGGUCAUUGAUUUAGUCUCCGUCUGGGCAGGCGCUCCUGGUCGAUACAUAAGAUAAGACAAUAUCAGUUUUAACCAUCGCUAUGGGACAACAACAAAAAAAAGUUUGUUUUGAAAGGAUAAGUUACUAUAGCAAUGGAAGACAGCUCAAACAUAGGCCUCGCUGGGGUCUUGGUCAAAUAGUGCUUCUCUGUGCUGCUGUUGUUACUCUGUUCACAGAUAAUGCAAUGGACAAUAUCUUUUGAGGGAUUUUGUUUCUAUGGCUGCCAAAAGAAUAUGAGGAAUAGGGAGUGUUACUCAGUUCUUAACAGCUAUUUACAGCUCUGGGCGACUUGUGAUGAUGUGCAGUUUAUAGCAGUGAGUGUUUUUGCUUUGUAUUCAUGGAGCUGUCAUUAGUUAAAUAAGGAGUUUCACAGUGUAAAUAGCACCAUGUGGAGCGCCUUCAGUUCAGAGUGAAGUCGGUAUAUAAUUUGGGGAUGGAUAAUGAUCUCACUCUUCCUUCUUCUAUCUCUGUCACUUAUGUCGUCUGUGUCUGUCUCUUUCCUUAAAGGGACAGGACAAAAACAAAAACAUUCCGUACUUCAUACUACGCACUGCAGAGGGUUUCUAAAGUGUAUGUGGUAGUAUUUUAUUGUUAUUGCUAUUGUACUUUUACACUUUUUCGUAUUAAACAAAUAAAAUAUAAACAGGAAAUUUGUGAGCUUUCAAGGUGUUGGUUUUGCUGAUUUUAAGCCAGGCUAGCUGUUCCCUCCUGUUUACAGUCUUUAUGCUAAGCUAUGCUAGCCACUGCUUCAUCUUUAGCAUACAGACGUGAAACUAAUAUCGAUCUUCUCAUCUAACGCUCAGCAAGAAAGCAAGUACGUUUAUUUCUUAAAAUGUCAAUUUUUAAGGCAAAGUCAGUUAGAUAACGUUAGCUGUGGUUGAGAUUGCUAAACACGUCUACACUGAACCGGAUGUCUGCUCUCAGGCCUAUUAGUACUCACUGACAUCCUUCAUCCGCUGCUAAAUUAAAUUGAUUGAUUUACUCAGCAUACAAACAUUCUAUUAGGAUUUUGAGUCAAGUCACAAUUUGUAGUUACGGCUCAAAAUAUAACCAAUUAAUGGUUAAUUUUGAAAUGCCAGACCUGUAUCAGCACCAAAAUCUGUGGGUAAGCAAAUCUUCAUGGAAAAUCCAAUAUUUAGAUUCUGUUGCAGCAUUUAUUGCCAGCUGAAGUAAGCAGACAUUAUUCAAGAUUUUUUAAAGAAUGUUGUUGAUCAUCUUUUGUAAAUUUUAUUGUUUAAUGAGUUGAUAAGAAGUUAAAUGAUGUGGCCUUGAAUUGUUGCAGUAUACCGUACUUAAGGUCAUCACUAACAGACUCUUUUACCAGCAUUACUACUUGCUAACAGAAUUUCUCAGAAACAUUUACAGGUUUCACAAGUUCCUUCUUUUCUAUGUUAAUUCAACUCUCACUGAACGCUCUGGACUAUUUGAUUAUCAUGGAGGGCUAAAACAUGAGACAUUCUUGUUAAAAAAACCAACAACUAAUAUUUGGAAGACUUGCGGAUUCAAACCAAUUGGCAUCACGUGGCCCUGGCACGUGCACAAAUGCCACAAAAACACACAAUAAUGUCGGCACUAUUCAUUCUACACAGCUGCAAAGUGCAAUUUUAGUUACUCUGCAGUGAUACAUACACCCCAUGUUGAAGAGUAGAAGCCAUUCACAGGGUCUAGAAUGUGCAGUACCACCUUACUCAGUUGUAAAAGGCCUGAAAAUAACAUGUAUCUCAAAAACAUCUGUAUCUAGCUAUCUGGUGAACAAUACCUCUUGCCAAGGUGAGAAAAGGACAAAAACAAAACAAAUAAUAAAUACAAUAAAUAACUAACAACUGAUGUAACAUUAUAACAUCACUUUACCGAAAGCUCAGGUUUAUUCCACACAAUGAGCCCUGUCUUAUUCAUAAUUAGCUAAUCUGAACACGGCAUCCUGCUGCAGGCUUCAUUUGACCAUAAACAAGACAACAAAGUGUUUUUUUGGCAAAGUCACACCAAUGAUCAGUGAUGAAAACAGACUUAUAUUUGAUGCAGUGAACCGUAUUUGAUUCAGUUAACUUCAAAUACUUCAGCGUAUAUGUCCUGACUCAUUGUAUUACACGUUCUAUAUUAAUUAGAAAUUGUGAUCACACAUUUGUAAUGUGUGACAGUUGCAUUUAUCUGUUUGUAUUGUCCAUGUUUCUGAUUUUGGUAAUCUCCACCAACAUGUUUUUGUGAGGCAUUGCAGAUAUUUUCUUUGAUAAGAUAAGAUUUACAUAAAACAAGCUACACCUGCAGUCAGCAGUAUGCUCCUUUUUUGCUAAAUUUAUUAGAAAUACUAGUGUUUAUAUUUGGAAUCACAGUCCUAGCACAAUACACACACACACACACACACACACACACAGAUAAUGUUAAUAGACAUUACUGCAUUAUUGUCCACCGGCAGCCUUUGGGGAAGGCACCCAUGGGCCCUUAACCUUGGCUAGAGGCCAGAGGGCUGGUCAGAGGCUGCUGGGCACAAGAACGAAUUUCAUAAAUAAAAUAUGUGUGUAAAUGUAGCACUUGAACAUAAGUAAAUGAACGGUAGCACAAUGUGAAAUAAGUCAGGAAUGUUGUCAAGGUUUCUGUUGCCCUGCGGAGCAAGCUCUUUUUACACAGUAUCAACAGUUUAAGAUGAUACAGAGCCAGAGUCCUGACUGACUCAAGGUUAGAAUACCACUUAGCCUAAAAAUGUCAUCUCAUCAGCUAAUAAAAGUACUGAAUGUUCUUAGCAUGCACUGUCCUGAUGCACUGCUCAGACUGAGUGCAUCGGAGCAUCCAAGUAUGUAUGGGAAGCCUCGAGGGGAAAACGUGUCACCACCCACAUUGCUAAAAGUAAGCUACACUUUGUCUCAGUUACUCAUAUACUGGAGAGUGAUUUUGUCCACACUGAAUAAAAGUUGUAAUGCUUCCAUUGCUGUAACUGGCAGUGUGUGCAGUAGUAAGCUUACUUGGAAUUCUAAAAAGCCAUAAAUAUUGAGCAACUAGCCAUGAAAGAGUUGUUCUCGGACACAGUGGGAGGCUGUUUUCCAGGAACCAGUAUGUACCACUGCAGAGCUAGUACGUAUUCAGGUCUUGUUGUUCUCAGAGUUUUGUUUUCUGAUUCAGUUUUCUUGAUAAUUGUGUCCUGGUUGGCACCUGCAGGGUUUGGUGAGGAAAGGAUGCUUUGUUGGUUAAUUUCGGCUCUAUCCAAUAGAGUAUUGCGUUUAAUAUAAAGUAUGAAUAUCAUUUCACUCUUCUAUGUCAUUAUAUACAAUUAAAAGUGGAUUUUAAUGUAUGUUCUGGAUUGUAACUAAUAUCAGUGGAAUUAUUAGAAAUUACUAAUAUAGAAAAAUAAAUUGUGAACCUUGAUGGUGAAAAUUCUGAAUUGUGGUUUCACAUUAUUUCAGUUUAUUUCAGAGAUUUGUAGUCACUGACUGUUAGUAUUUUACCAUCUUUACCAUAGUUUCUCGUACCUGCUUGGAAGGUUGAGCUGUAGUCAAAUGGUUGCAAUCUGCAAGUUCACUGUUAGAUGCCACUAAAUCCUACACAAGUGAGCAUUUUCAUACAAAAAGUUAAAUUUUGGGUUAAUGAAAUAUUAACUGUGUUUAAUUCUUAAAAGUGUUAUCACUAUGAAUGAUCUAAAAAAUAGCACAUUUGACAUUUCUGCAUUACCACAUGUGUCAGCAUUGUCCACUGUACUUAUAAAUU